AUGACCUUCACGCAGGUAAAGGUCAUCGACAUCACGUGGGAUCUCCUCGUCGGGCGCGGCGGCCAGAUGCUGCUCGCGUGGGUAAACUACCGCGUGUUCAACGAAUGGCUGCUGUACCACAUGGAACUGCACCGCACAAGCUACAAGAUGUACACGAGUGUGGCGUUCCAAACGACGACGCUGGGGACGCUGGGGGUGCUGGCGAAGGAAUGGUUGGCGUUUGGGGAGACGAAUUGGAGGAGGUUUUUCAGGUGGUUAGCGAUGCUGUGUAUGGUCCUUGGGACAUUGUAUGUGCUGGCGUUCCCCACGCUGAUGGCGGCUAUGACGGGGUAUAUCACGACGUAUGAGCCGUAUGUGGAAGAUGAGAGGAGGAAUCUGGUGGCGUGGAGUGAGGUCAGGCGGGUAGAGUACAUUGUGCAGGACAGUCAAAGGUUGGGGGAGAACUACACGAAGCCGUUGAUUUCCGUGGCUUACGAUGAGGAGCUUGCGGAUGCUAUUCUUAACUAUUCAUCCCACUACCUGGGUGUCUCAUACAACCCAAUUCUCCAAUCUCUUAACCUAUCCAAUUGGGUCACGACCUCCGUCCAACGCGACGUGAGCAGCACCUUCGUCUUCAACGGCACAACCACACACCUAUCCCCUCCCUCCCUAAACAUAACCUUCGAAGCCGAAAGCCGCGACGCCGACCGCCCCUCUGGAGGGCUCAUAUAUCCCCAUUACUCCCUGAGCCCUAAUCCUGAAGCAGCUCGCCAGGGGCUCAUAUUCCCUGCAUCGUACCUGCACACGCACGGCUCGUGCAAGCCCAACGAAACAUACCAGUGGGGAUUCUCGUAUAUCUUCCUUUUCGGGAUCUUCAUAUUUAACUUCGUGUGGAGCUGUAUCAUGGUGGGCAUGUGGAUGGACACUCGCAUGCAUUCCAGGAUGUACCGGACAGGGAGGCGACCUGGGCUGCUGCGGAGCAUACUCGACAUUGCGACCGCGAUGAGGGAGGAGGUGGGAGAGGACGAGCCGAAUGGCGAUGUUUUGGACGAGAAAGAGAUAAGAAGAAAGCUGACGGACAGUGGAGGGGCGUUGGUGGUGCCCAAGAAGGAGUUGAGGAUUGCGAGGGAUGGAGGGGUUGGGGAUGGGGAGCUGAGAGAGAGAAGUUGGAAGAGGAGGUUGACGAAGGGCAGCACGUUUUAA